GUUAAAUAUUUACUUAUCAUAGACGUCAAUGAAAUCUACGUAAGUAGGUAGUUAAGACAUAUUUGUAUAACUUGUUUUCGCUAAACCAUUUGUUGUUACAUCCUCAGGAUCCUAAACCAUCACGGACAGCAUCAGAAAUGCGGACUUUUAAUAUACUGCAAGGUCUGGCACCUCUUUUACUUACCAUAUCUUGUUGUGCUGGUCGAACCAGUCCAAAUGAUAUCGACAAAUUAUGUAAUCAGAAAAGACUCUUUCCUAAUAACUUUCGGUUCGGAGCCGCCACGGCCGCGUACCAAGUGGAAGGGGGGUGGGAAUCCGGUGGCAAAUCAAAAAGCAUAUGGGACGUAUACGCUCACAAACCUGGCAAAAUAAAGGACAACUCCAGUGGAAACGUCGCUUGUAAUUCCUACGAACUGUACGAAUGCGAUUCAGCAAUGCUUCGAUACUUAGGAGUCAACUUCUACAGAUUUUCCAUUUCUUGGCCAAGAAUUCUUCCAAAUGGUUUCGCAAACAAUAUCAGCCAGGAGGGCAUUGACCAUUACAACAAAGUAAUUGAUGAUCUCCUGAAGAGUGAAAUAGAUCCUGUAGUAACUAUUUACCAUUGGGACUUACCGCAAUUUCUCCAAGAUAUUGGAGGUUGGGCGAACCCGCUUAUAGCCCAAUGGAUAGAAGACUAUGCUCGAGUUUUAUUUGAGAACUUCGGAGAUCGUGUGAAAACUUGGAUAACUAUUAAUGAGCCGUUGGUUAUGAUAUCCGGUUACGGUUCUGAUGAAUACGCGCCAGGUUUAAAAGAUGGACAUGGCACAGUGGAUUAUAUUGUGGCCAAGAAUAUAUUGAUAGCACAUGCAAGAGUUUGGCAUUUGUAUGAUAAGGAAUUUAGACGAACGCAACAAGGUAGCAUUGGGAUAUCACUAGUAACAGAUUACAACCAAGGCUUGACAGAUUCUCCAGAAGACAUUCAAGCGGGGGAAGAUGUGAUGCAAUUCAAUACAGGGAUGUACUCACAUCCAAUAUUCUCGUCUUCUGGCGGGUUUCCACCGCGGGUGGAGCAAAUAGUGGCUGAGAAGAGUAAGGAACAGGGAUACCCAAGGAGCAGACUUCCAGAAUUUACGGACGAGGAAAGGGAAUACUGUAAAGGUACAAGUGAUUUCUACGGCAUGAAUCACUAUUCCACUCAGUUCUGGACUAGGAGUACUUACAAGCCGAAAAUAGUACCCUCUAAAGAAGAUGACAUCGGAGCAACGGGUUCUUAUUUAAAUUACCCGAAGACUGCAAGUGCUCAUAUCUCGGUUAUCCCUCACGGUAUGAGACGUGCUUUGAACUGGGUGAAAGACAAUUGUAAUAAUCCCCGCAUAAUAAUAACGGAGAACGGUGUUGCUACAAACGAAGAUCUUCAAGACUUUAGAAGAAUUGAUUAUUUCAAGAAAUACCUCAGUAACGUGUUAGACGCUAUGUAUGAAGAUAAAGUCGACGUUGUGGGUUAUAUGGCUUGGAGUUUGAUGGACAAUUUCGAAUGGAAUGAUGGAUUUGAGCCAAAAUUUGGCAUCUUCAAAGUGGACCACAAAGCUGGUAACAAGACAAGACAGGCAAGACUCUCCGCGAUAUGGUACAGAGACCUCAUCUCUUCGAAAACUUUAGACCCCGAUUAUAUUCCCACGACUGAAAAGGCUGAAUUUUGUACUAGCUGAUUAUUGUAUUUUGUGAUAAAAAAUAAUUUAUUUAUUUAAUAAAAUUUUAAUUUAAUAAA